AUGGAAGCUACUGUCUUCACUUCACUAUAUGUUUCCAAUUUACCAAAACCAAAAGCUAUCUUCAACCUGAAUCCAUCUGCUUUAUCUUCGUCUUCUUGUUGGCUCUGCAAUUCGCAGUCCAAGGGUAACACCAAGCUGAGACUUAAUGGAUCGAAUCAUGGAGUUCUUCGUCUUCAUGCUCUGUUUCAAAACGAGGAGGCGCCAAGUGAAAGCGAUGAUAACUUAGCAGAAAACAAAGGGUUUGGUCAUUUACCAGCGGAUAUAUUCUCUCUGUCUCAGGAAAAGGUUGGAAGUAGUCUAAGUGGUGAAAAGGAGAGUCAUAAGAUAAUCGAUGUGGAGACAUCUCUGGCACUUCCUCCUCAUGGUGGAGGAACUCGCGCCGGUCUCUUUAGAACCCCUAUCUCCGGUGGUGUUCAGAACGCAACCUCUGCUCAUGGUUUGCCUCCACCUGCUCUAGCUGUUAGGAACUUGAUGGAGCAGGCCAGGUUUGCGCAUCUAUGCACAGUGAUGUCUAAAAUGCACCAUCGCAGAGAAGGCUACCCCUUUGGAUCUUUGGUAGAUUUUGCACCUGAUCCUAUGGGACACCCAAUCUUUUCAUUUUCACCCUUGGCUAUUCACACUCGGAAUAUUUUAGCUGAACCUAGAUGCACCCUCGUUGUUCAGAUACCCGGAUGGAAUUGCUUAUCGAAUGCAAGAGCUACAUUAUUCGGCGAUGUCUAUCCAUUGCCAGAAAAUGAGCAAGAAUGGGCUCAUAAGCAGUAUAUGGCUAAGCAUCACCAAGGACCUUCCCAACAGUGGGGAAACUUUCACUAUUUUAGAAUGCACAACAUAAGUGAUAUAUAUUUCAUUGGAGGUUUUGGCACUGUCGCGUGGAUCAAUGUCAAUGAAUACGAGGCACUUCAGCCAGAUAAGAUAGCUGCUGAUGGAGGCGAGCAAAACCUUAAGGAACUAAAUGCCAUCUUCUCAAAGCCACUUAGAGAAUUAUUAUCUACUGAAUCUGAGGUAGACGAUGCUGCUAUCAUUUCUGUAGACAGCAAAGGGAUCGACAUAAGACUUCGUCAUGGUGCUAAGUUUAACAUACAAAGGCUAGCCUUUGAGGAAAGUCUUGGUGUAGAGACCUUAGAAGAAGCCAAAUCUGCACUGCGGAAAGUGAUAGAGAAGGGAAAAGCACACAAUUUGUAGAUAUAACCUCAUAUUUGAUGAUGUUGCAAUAGUUAAUGUGGACAAGAAAACAUGAAUUAAUAAUCUUCUGGAUCAUCUAAUCUGUUAAAACAAAAGUACAAAAAAAAAAUAACCCUCAAUUUUUCCUUUAAUAUAUUUAAAGGCCAAUAUAUCAAAAAGAUACAUAUUUUUUAUUUUCAAUGUAAUUUUUGUCAACUAAUAAUGAGAAAUUAUGAAGUUCAAGAACAUUAAUUGUAAUUUUUAAAAUCUUAUUGGUUUAAAAAUAUAGGAAAUAUAAAAUUACAAAAAAACUAUGCAUUUAUAGCUAAGUUUUAAUAUGUUUUAUUAAAAAAUGUAAAAAUUUUAAAACAUAGAUCUUUUAGGAACGGAGGAAGUAUUAAAUAUGCACAGUUAUCUAAUUUUUACUCUUGGUCUACUGGUUACUAUCACUUUUACUAUGAAUUAAAGUCCAUUUUGGACUAUUUUUCGUUUUAGGUUAAUGAGUAGAAAAUCACCAAUAUGUCUAUCUUCAACCAAAGACCUGUUUAUAUACACCAACCACACCAAUUACUUCAAUUCUUGUUGUUGCAAUCUUUUUCAUAAUUUUGUGAGUUUUAAUCUAAAUACGAGAGAUCUAUAACAUAACAUGUGAGUGUUCCAAAAAUAUAUAUAUAUAACAUAACAUGUAAUUUUUGAAUUAUUAGUGUACAAAAUAAUGAACAUUUAACCUUUUCUAAAAUUAUCAAUAUCAUAUCAAAUCGUGAUGGUCGGUGGUCGUUACAUGCUUUUCGCGACUAAACAACCAUGGAGAGUGUGUUUUCGAACAUGGUAGUUACUAACAACAUAUCCAUGCUAAUUUAUACACCGAAAGUAACAACUAAUGACACACAACUAAAAACAUCAAAAUAUGUAUAAUCUCUGGCAUAAAAGGAGAAAGAUAGAUGUAAAUGUGUGAAAUGAAAAAACCUUAAUGGAGAAGCCUAGUAUUUGAUCCACACAAUAUUCAAUGAGACCAGAUUUGAUAACCAAAAACUCGCACUGAAACUGUAGAAUUAAAAAAAAAAACACAAAAUGAACGUGAAAAUGA